GUGUUGAUGACAUGUGAAGAUGUGAGGUUUUGAGAGAAUAGCGCCAUUAACAUGACAGCGAAUUUGCGUGGAAAGCAAGAAAAGGGAAGAAGAAAAACGUAAAUUAAGUGAAUUAAUAAAAAUUCGACUCAAAACUUGUAAUUUUUCUAUUGAAAAAUACCAACGAACGCAAUAAAAUGUCGUUCUAACGCACCCGCACCGACGGCAAGCAGUUGCAGCAAAAAUAUCAACCACUUCUCGAAGAUACAUCAGAAUUUUGACAACAAGAUAAGUGCAACAAAAGUAGCAGCAGCAGAGGAAGCAAGCAUCAAACUUAGAAAACACACACAUACCACGACGCACAAUGGGACUCGACUUCGAUGCGUUGGAAUACUGUAAGAGUGUGAAGCAUUCGCAGCCACCGUACGCUUGUCCAGUGCCCAAAUGUGGUCGCAGUUACAAGACAGUGAUAGGUCUGCAGUACCAUCUGGUUAACUAUGACCACGACAAUCCACAGCCACUGACACCGGUGGUGACGCCAAAUCGAAAGAAGGCGCGUUCGCGCGGUGCAACACAUUCGACACCAAAAGGCGGUGGUGUUGGGGGAACAGGUGCUGCUGGAGCGGAUGAUGAGCAAAACGGCGGAAAUGCCAACACGGCACAUUCAAUUAAUCCCGAAUCCUUGGUUUCAUACAAUGACGACGAACAGAGGGUGACGUUCAAUGUGGAGGGUAAAAGUGUUCGUUUGGGUACAAACGAUCCUCUGCCGUUUAUCGAAGAGGACGAGUAUAUGGAGCUAGUUGAGCGGGGGUGUAUAGUGAAUGCCGAUGCUCCGCCACUGGAACAGAAUGCGGUAUGGGCCAAGGUGAAGGUACCGGAAGCACGAUUUCAAGAAAUCGACAAUUACAAUGUACCAGAUGCUCCGCCCCGAGGUUUGGCAUAUUAUCGCUUUAUAGAAAAGUCAGUGGAAGAAUUGGACGGCGAAAUAGAGUAUGAUGUUGACGAAGAAGAUUCUGCAUGGCUGGAAUGGAUGAAUGAGGAACGUGAAAAAUCUGGCCACAAUCCUGUUAACAUCGAUACAAUGGAAUUGUUAAUGGACCGCCUAGAGAAAGAAUCAUAUUUUCAGGCAGCCGCAAAUGGUACGGCGACUGGUAAUGAGGUGGACGACGAUGCCGUCUGUUGCAUUUGCAUGGAUGGCGAAUGUCAAAAUACCAAUGUUAUCCUCUUUUGUGAUAUGUGUAAUUUGGCCGUGCAUCAGGAUUGCUAUGGUGUCCCCUAUAUACCAGAGGGCCAGUGGCUUUGUCGUCGCUGUUUACAGUCCCCCAGUACACCGGUUAAUUGUGUAUUGUGCCCAAACACGGGUGGAGCAUUUAAGCAGACCGAUCGCGGUCAAUGGGCGCAUGUUGUGUGCGCUUUAUGGAUACCUGAAGUACGAUUUGCAAAUACUGUGUUUUUGGAACCGAUUGAUUCCAUUGAAACAAUUCCUGCAGCACGUUGGCGCCUAACAUGCUACGUUUGUAAGGAAAAGGGAUUGGGCGCCUGCAUUCAAUGCCAUCGCAACAGUUGCUAUGCUGCCUUCCAUGUAACUUGUGCCCAACAGGCUGGUCUCUAUAUGACCAUGGAUGUCAAUGAGAGUUCCGGUCACAAUGACUCCUCGGCUCAUGUUCAAAAGUUUGCCUUCUGUCAUUUGCAUACCCCAGACAAUGCAAAAACCAAAUUAAAUCUUAAAGACUUUGAAGAUGCACGCCACAAAAUGAAAGAGGCUCGAAAAGCAUUGGCCAAAAAACGCUCAUCUGCUCCCGUGGUACUGAUACCCACGAUACCACCCGAUCGUAUACAGGAAAUUGCGAGUAUGGUACACAUGCAGAAAAAGAAAGAAUUCCUCGAUCGUUUGGUAGCCUAUUGGACCAUGAAACGUAAAUACCGGAAUGGUGUUCCACUAUUGAGGAGGCUGCAAUCUCAAGGUAAUCAUCACGGUGUUAUACAACGCAAUGGCAUUGAAGGUUCCCCGGAUACAUCGGAAUUGUAUCGUCAACUCAAGUACUGGCAGUGUCUGCGCCAGGAUCUUGAAAGAGCGCGCCUGCUUUGUGAGUUGGUGCGAAAACGGGAAAAGCUUAAGGCUGCAUACGUUAAAAUAUGUGAACAAGUAAUAAACAUGCAACUCGAUCCCUUGGAGACUGUGUUGAGAAAACUAUUAGACGCUUUGGAAGCACGUGAUACUUCAGAAAUAUUCCGCGAACCUGUAGAUACAACCGAAGUUCCCGACUAUUUGGACAUAGUCAAACAGCCAAUGGAUUUGGGUACAAUGAGGACAAAACUUGACAAUCGACAGUAUACCAGCUUGGAUCAGUUGCAGAGUGAUUUCGAUCUAAUGAUUCAGAAUUGCUUGGCCUACAACAAUAAAGACACCGUUUUCUAUAGAGCUGGUAUACGAAUGCGUGACCAAGCGGCGCCGCUAUUUCAAGAGGCACGAGAUGUAUUGGCUCGCGAAGGUCUGCUGGACACUAGUCAAGUCGACUCAACAGAUCAUGUAGAGCAAGAAGUGGAACAGGAAUUACAAGAAUUGUUGGCAGCCUCUCCUUGCGAGGCUAUUGUACAAAAAUUACUAAUUUUGGCAGAUAAAUCUCAGGUUUUGAAAAAUCCCACGUAUCGCACAAAGAAAAUCAAGCAAAUACGUUUGGAAAUAUCACGAAUGCGUAAGGCUAUACAAAAGGCUAGAAUGCAGGCACGACAUAAUGCCUCAGUAAAUUCCCAAACCGAGGAUGAUGACGAAAUGGAAGAAAAUCACAAUGUGGAAGAUAUGGAUGUUGAUACGCCACCUCCGAUAAGACCACAACCGCCACAACACCAACCAAUUCCACAUUUGCAAAAAGUCAAAGAUGACCAAACACCGAAAAGGUCACGCAAACCUGCUGCAAGAAGUAUAACCACACUUAGACAUAAUCACCAGCAACGGCAUAAUCUCAGCGAUGACGAAGAUGAACAUGAUAACCACAGUGACGAUGAAGAUGAUACAAUGGGUGAUGAAUCGAAGGGCACUAGUAACAAUACAACACAACAAACACCACCAAGUAGUCCCGUUAAGAGUCUCAAUAGCAGUGCUUCACCUGUUGGCGUAAAUAGAAG